UUAGUUUCGCGCGAGCAUUCAAACGAACCAUACGGGGUUUUCAAUUAUUUAUUGAAUUCAUAGGAUCAUAGGAUGGCUUUUCCAAAGGAUCCACUCCAUGAAAUUUCACUUGUAAUUUUAGACCUGGUGAAAGUGAUAUGGUUCGGGGUACCUAUAUUAAUCACCGCAAUCGUUCGGACAAUUAUUCCACGGAAAUUCAAAAGUAUCUCCGGCCAAAAAGUGUUGAUCACUGGCGGAGGUAACGGUCUGGGAAGGGCAUUAGCACUGGAAAUCGCUGACAGAGGAACCAAUGUCACUAUUAUUGUUGCUGAUGUAGAUGAUGCGGCAGCGAAACUGACGUGUGAGGAACUGAGGCGCAAACAAGUUUCAGCCUAUGCGUAUCGAGUGGAUGUGUCGUCAUACGAACAGGUGGAAACGAUGGCCGCCGAUGUUCAUAAAAACAUUGGACCGGUUGAUAUUGUGAUCAAUAAUGCCGCCUUGGUUUAUUUUGAUUUCCUGCAAAACACAACGGCCAAUUUGGCGAACAGAAUUAUUGACAUCAACGUGAAAUCUCACAUAUGGAGCACCAACGAUAAUCUUGGAGAUGCCAUUCAAUUUCUUCGUGACUACGACCGUGAAGCAGCCGAAAUGUGUAACCGGGUUGCGAGCAGUGAGUGGAAGUACGCGACCAACGCAACGGAGUUCAACAAACGGCGGAUGAGGGAGCAGCAGAACCUGGCCGCAAAAUUUGAAUGUCUCAGCUGGCGUCGGGCUGCCUCAUUCGAUUCGUCGACGAUUGUUGACACCAGUAUUCGUCGCCAGCUGGGACGAAUUGUGCAGCCCGGCCGCUGUGGCCUAGGGGAGGACAAGCAUGCCGAGAUAACUCACGUGAUAUCGUUGAUGAAAGAAAACUACAACAGUGCAAAGGUAUGCCCAUUCCAGGGACCACAAGCAACCCCGCACAAAAGUGCAAGCUAUGUCAGCGGUUAUUCUACUUACUGUGAUUUGAGGAUAGAGCCAGACUUGGUACAGAUUAUGCAAACAAGUCGAGUAGAACCAGAACUGAACUAUUUUUGGUCGACUUGGCGUGAUAAAACCGGACCACCUAUAAAGAACACGUUUAUGCGUUAUCUGGAUCUAGCCAACCAGGCAGCUGAGCGACAUGGAUUCAGUGAUGCAGGUGAACAGAUGCGCUCGUUAUACGACGACAAUGAUUUCUUCUUCACCGUCAACGAUCUUUGGACGAAGAUUCAACCGCUCUACAGGCAGUUGGUUACGUUCGUCCGAAAAGGACUCGUACGACAGUACGGAGAAAAUGUGGUGCGAAAAGAUGGUCCUCUCCCAGCUCAUCUGCUCGGUAACAUGUGGGCGCAAAAUUGGAGAAAUAUACUAGAUUUGGUUAAACCGGGGCAAUCAGAAACUCCGGACGUUACCGGGGAAAUGAUCCGACAGGGAUACACACCAUUGAAAAUUUUCCAAACAGCAGAAGAAUUCUUCACUUCGAUCGGUCUAUCCCCUAUGACACCUGAAUUUUGGCGAAACUCAAUGCUUCAGAAAUCGAACGAAAUACAUGGACAGUGUACCGCAUCAGCUUGGGAUUUCUGUAAUAAAAUAGAUUUUCGGAUAAAGCAGUGCACCCAGGUAAACCUGGAAGAUUUCGUGAAUGCGCACCACGAAAUGACCCAUGUUCACUAUUACAUGCAAUAUGCAUCCCAACCAUAUCUGUACCGGGAAGGACCGAACCCGGCUUUUCAUGAAGCUGUUGCAAACGCCGUUAGUCUUUGUGUAGGAGGGCCGGUACAUCUCCAGAAGCUGGGGCUUCUGAAUAGUCCGGUUACAGUGAGCAAUGGAAAUAAUAUGAUUAAUAUCGAGUAUCUUUUGAGUGUUGCCUUGGAUAAGCUUCCGUUUAUGUCAUUCAGUUUGGCUCUGGAGAAGUGGCGUUGGUAUGUUUUCGAGAAAGGUCCCACUGGCAUGAACGCUCGUUGGUGGGAGCUCCGACUGAGGUAUCAAGGUAUAAUUCCUCCAACCGCCAGGGGAUACGAACAUUUUGACGCUGGAGCUAAGUAUCACGUAAUCUCCGAUCAAGACUAUAUCAAAUACUUCGUGGCGACUGUGCUACAGUUUCAUAUCUUCUCGGAACUUUGCAUUGCAUCGCAUCAUGUGGGUCCACUGCAUACCUGUGACUACUAUCGUUCGAGAGAAGCUGGAAGAAUAAUCAGUGACAUCAUGCAGCAGGGCGCAUCUCUUAGCUCGUCGCAGUUGAUCAAACUUUAUACAAGAGGUAAAACUGCGCAGCUCACCGUGGAGCCCCUGCUGAAAUUUUUUAGGCCAUUGGAAGCUUGGUUGGAGGUACAAAAUAGGGACGAACCGCUGAUCGGUUGGAGCUCCAGGAUGGAGGAUUAUGCCCUGUUUCAACCUAUGAUGGACCGGAACGGUCGGAAUUCUGCAAUGUGUACUUCUUUCAAUAUACUGGCGAUGAUCACGUUUUCUUUUAGCUUAUUUAAUAUGUAUUAAUUGGUGCCUAGUUUCGGUUUUAAACUGUAAAUAAAACCUUUAUU